UGAUAGGGACCCACCUAGUAGACUAAUAAUAGAAGUCAUAUUAAUAAUAUUAGUAAUAAGGGUCUGAGUAUUUUAGUAUAAAUAGAGGGGAAGUGGGAGUAGUAAGUAGGUUUUUAGACAUUUUGGUCUUUGGGACUGGGAAGGAUACGAGACUGAACAUCUCGAUCUUUUGGGGCUUCGGCUUUGGGGGCUUCGGCCUUGUUCAUUGUUUCUUUUCUGUAAUCGAUAUCUUCUUGAAUAAAAUUCUUCAUCUGAAUUCUUGUACUCUUCUCGUAACUGUCCUGGAAUCUGGAGGUCUCUAACAUUGGUAUCAGAGAACGUCGAUUCACAGUUGUCUUGACGCGCGCAAAAAGAUGGAAGCACGAUGGGAUAACUUGAAGAGGAAUCAUCAACGAACUAUGGAGAUAUUGACAACAAUGAUAGCCAGGUUGGAUGCGAGAAAUCAAGAUCGAUCGAGGACCAAGUCGCAGAAGGAAUCGCAGAAGGAGUCGCGAAAGUCGCAGAAUGAGCCGCGAACUGUUUCGCACUUGAGAAAGGAUUCGCGCGGAAAUUUGGGGAAACUCGCAGAAAAGAUGGAGCGCGGAAAACUGGAGAAGGAGAAGCGUAUGCAGAACAAAGAAGUGGUAGAAAGUGAUAAGGCGAGGAAAAGGAGAACCGGAUCGGACGAGUUGUGUACCAAGAGGCGAACACAAAGUCGGCCAGGAAGAUCGAGGAAGAUACGCCGUUGCAUAAAUUCGAAAAGUAAAGGGUCGUUGCAAACGCCAAUUUCUUCUGGUCUUCUUGCUUCUACGCGAGCAGAAAACUCCAGUUUGAAAUUUCCAUCUGAACCCACAGAUUCGCAUCAGGAGUUGAUUAAUCAGCCGCAACCAACCAUGGCAGAUAGGCACACUUCUGGCGACAAGGAACACAAGGAUAAAUUGUCACUUGACCUUGGACCUGCAGCGGGAGCAAUUACUUGUUUCCUCAGUCAUAACAAAAUCCCCAGGUAUGAACUCCUUAAUUCAGAAUUGGAAACCAAGAUGAUGUGGUCAUUUGAACGAGGCUCUCAAAUUGAUGAAUACCUGCAAGUCAAGAUAAACCAAUCUGGGAAGUCAAUCUCUAUAUCUCGAGGUAUAUACCUGCUAAGGAGGGACACAGAUAACCCUUCCAUUAAGUGGACAAUGGAGGCUCAACCCAGAUUUCAUGUGGAUGCCAGCAAAUUAGAAAAAUUGAUUCCCUUUGAUGAAGCUGAUGUGAUUGUAGGGUUGAAUAAGAUUGAUGGUUUCAGAUUAGAUGAUGUUGAUCAACGCAAGAAGUUUAUAUUGGAGCAGUCCCAUGAUCUUACAAAGAGUGUAAAUAGAUUUCCUAUUGUGCAGACUGGUCUAAUUAACGAAGUAAUAAGUCUUGUUGAGGCACCUGUGACAAUAUAUGGAAAAAUUGAAGACACUUUCCUAAAGCUUCCUAAACAAUUACUGAUAAGGGUCAGGCAGAAGCAUAAGGAAAUGACGGUGAUAGAAGGAAGUGAAGCUGGACUCAGAAUGGGGAUCCACAGAAUUAUGACUGAUGCAACUGGUGUUGAAAGAGUUGAAUUUGUAUUCUCAUGCACUAAAUGUUGUUUGGUUCCAGUGUUGCAUCACAAUGGCCAAGACAUCAGGACUACAGAUGACAGAAAAAUUGAUACCUCUGAACAGUCAAUAUGCUCUUCAAAUGGUGUUUCAUUUAGUCAAGAAUGCUUUCUUUCUAAACACACGAUUACCAAGCUUCUAGUUUGGAAUUCCUCAGAUUUUGGACUGAAAUGGACAGAGAAGUUGGCUCUUGGUAGCAUUAUAGAGGGAAAAGUUUCUAUGACUACCCUACUAAGAGGCUCACCCAAAAGUUUGACUAAGGAUGAUGAUGAUUGUAUGUCCUACUGCCCAUUAGGCAAAGAGUAUCUGGCAAAAUUUCAUUAUGACAGAUUGUUAUCCAUAUUCGAAAUAGCAGUUGGUUCUGCACCAUUCAUGUCAUUGUGGGCACCCAUCAGUUCCAGGUCACAGGAUUCUUAUUGGAAAGCUUCAGUUAUUAACUCUGAAAGUGUUGUUCCUUCUGUUCUUCUUAUCACUCCCAGCAAACACAUGAUAAAUGCUAAAAUUUCAAGGAGUGAAGCAACUGAAACUCAAGGGUUUGAGUUAUAUCCUGUAGCAAGAGCUAUUAGCAAAUGGAAAAAUGAGCAAGGGAUGAUGGGUGAAGAUCAGUACCAACAUGAACAAAGACACAGGACUAAUAUUGGUGCUUGGAAGAUAGAGGAGCUAAUGCUGUUUUUGCAAGAAGCAGUAAGAAGAAAGAUUCAUGUCAUGAAUUUCAGGAUCUUGAAAUUUGAAAGAUAUUGGGAAGGAAGAGGCGCAAGGAAGAAGAAGGAGAAGAAGGAGAAGAUUUUGGUUGUCUCCUACCGCCCACCUUGAGGGCAAGGUGGAUGUUUAGGGGGGAGUAUUGAUAGGGACCCACCUAGUAGACUAAUAAUAGAAGUCAUAUUAAUAAUAUUAGUAAUAAGGGUCUGAGUAUUUUAGUAUAAAUAGAGGGGAAGUGGGAGUAGUAAGUAGGUUUUUAGACAUUUUGGUCUUUGGGACUGGGAAGGAUACGAGACUGAACAUCUCGAUCUUUUGGGGCUUCGGCUUUGGGGGCUUCGGCCUUGUUCAUUGUUUCUUUUCUGUAAUCGAUAUCUUCUUGAAUAAAAUUCUUCAUCUGAAUUCUUGUACUCUUCUCGUAACUGUCCUGGAAUCUGGAGGUCUCUA